AUGCUCCGCCAGCUUGUUCGAGGAGCUUACCAUGUGGGCCCGUCCGUUUCUAGGCGUGCCUUUUCCGCUGUAACGGCGCGUCGACUCGACUAUGGCGGGCCCAACGAUAAGGUCAAUUUCUUCGAACAGGACGCUCCCGGAAGCAAGAAACGACGGAAGAUCGACCCCGAGGCCGAAGAAAAUGAGGAGCGAGGGGAGGUAGAGGAAGAGCUCACGAAGCUUCAGCAAGAGCUCAAGGUUCUGGAAAAAGGCCCGUUCGCCCCCGACAGUCCUUUUAUCCUGGGGUUGCCAGAAGACGACAGGAAGAUUGCCCUGGAGGCUCUACGGAAAUAUGACGAGGAGCAUGGUUCAGCGGAGCAACAGUACUCCCUAGAUGAAGUGUUCGACGAUGAACUGGACAACAUGCUCAAGGAGGAGUUUGAGGGUCUCGCGCUGGAACAAGAGAACUGGCAAGACAGCGCCAGAGAACGGCGAAAAUUGGCUGCCAAACGCCCUUCGGCAUUGAAGGCUACGAAUAAGGAAUCUCAGGCAUAUGCGAUACGAUUCAAAAAGGCUCUCCAAAAGUUCACAGAAAACGAGUCGGAUGAACGGACGAGGCAAGAAGUGUGGAAAUCCUAUCGCCGGUGCAAGCAGGCUAUGCCGGGAUUUAUUAGCGCACUUCCUCCGAAUGUCCUUGACAUUGUCUGGGAAUCUCAAGCGACAGCACAGUUGUCGAAGGCCACACGAUCUACGCAUCUCCAAACUCUCGCCGAAGAUGCCAGGUCCAUCGACCGACCCCUCGCCACUCCCCAGAUUCUUUCAUACAUCGAUGCUUUACAUCAAGGAGGUGCCACUACGCAAGCACUGGAGCAGUGGGAAUCUUACCAAGCUGAGCUAUCUAAAAAAAAGGAAGAUCUUGAAGAAUAUUGGAUGCAAGGUGUCCGACUCUUCGCGGCUGAAAGCAAUCCCCAACGAGCUCAGGACAUCGCUUUAGCAUUCCUGGCUAAUGAUAAAUCCCGCCAGCCUCGUGUCCUGAUUCCUGUUAUCACGGCAUGGGGUAGAAUGUCCGGGAAAGACGCAGAGGUCAAAGCAUGGGCAUUAUACCUACAAUUAAAGACGAUGCUAGGCCCCGACAUGACCAUGGAGGACUAUGAUCAGGUCAGCAUUGGUCUUCUCACCGCAGGACGGUUGGACACUGCAGUCGCGAUCUUCAAAGACAUGAUGGUGACCGGUCAGGAUCCCGCCAACGACUCGACAGCUGUAUAUCAAGCGGCUCUUGGCCUAGCAGGCAAUCUCCAUGCAUCAAGCAUCGAUGAGCACGCCGUCAACAAAGUUUCUUUAUCGGCACUUACGAUGCUGCCUCGUCGAUUCCAGAACCGUUUCUUCUAUGCCAGCUGGAUGAAGAAGCUCAUUGGAAUGGGUGAGGUUGAUUCCGCUGCUCUAGUGAUCGAAUUGAUGUAUGAGCGAGGAGUGCGACCCGACUCGAAGCAUUUGAAUGGUUUGAUAGGUGGUUGGCUUCGAGAAGGAAGCGCCAGUGCGCGGGAUAAAGCAGAGCGACUCGCCUGGUCCAUGAUUCAGCACCGAAUUGACGCUGCAUGGAAACGAUUCCAGCCUGUCGAACCCACUCCUCGAGUCCAAGUCAAGCACAACGAGGCUGAGGCGGCUCGCAUUCCCAAGUUUAUGAAGCGUGAGGUACCACACGCUGGCAUCGAAACCUUCUCCAUUCUUCUUCUUUACCACACCCGCCGAGGCGACGAUGAUAUGGUCAAGUACUUGGUCAAAUGUCUCGGCGACGCGCAUAUCCAACCCAACUCCUAUUUCAUGAACCAUCUCCUCUACGCCGAACUCCGGAAACAAGAUAUUCGCUCAUUAUGGACCAAGUUCAAGGUCAUGUCUACAAGCGUCCAACCGGAUUUGGAAACAUAUGCGUGUCUCUGGGACUGCGCCAAGCUGCAAUACGAUCGUGGACGUACGGCUUUCGACUCCGGAUUCCCAUCUGCGCGUGAGCUGUACGGAAACAUGGUACAGUGGUACUCACAACUCUCCCCUCGCGCCCAAAAGACGACCUCGGAACAGUUCUCGAAGGAGCUGUAUGACCAGAUCGUGCGCUGUUUCUGCCUCUCUAAGGAUCUCCCGGGCACGCUUGUUACCCUUCAAUCAAUGCGAGCCUCCUUCGGCUUUGCGCCCGACGAAACUACAGCCCGCAUGAUCGUCCUGCAAGUUGCCCGCCUAGCCGGAGUCCCAGCUGGAACACCCAAACACCGUCUCCGCCGCCUAUCCUCGACACCCCGCAGCAAAGAGAGCAUCGCCCAAGUUGGCCGACUCCUCGAAUUGCUAGGACAUCGCAAGGAGCAGGCUCUUAAAGCACAAGGACUGGAUCUCGAGCAGCUUGAUCCGCAUGAGGCACAAGAGUACCAAGUGGAGAUCAUGUCUAGUUUACUGCGGAUCGUGAUGGCUCGGACAGAUGAUUUGGGUCCAGAGCGCAUCGAAAGCAAACUGACUCGAGCUGCGCACGAGAUGCAGGUGUCGGGAAUUGACCUUGGAUCGGCUCUAGGAGUUGAAGAUAGCAAGCUGCUGUAA